AUGGACAAUAGUAAAUUUGAGUUGUGGUAUAAUGUCAUGAUUGACGAAAUCAAUUCUAUGGCAAAUAAUACAUUUUGGGACCUUGUUGAGUUGCCUACUGGAAAGAAACCUAUUAGUUGUAAAUGGGUAUUUAAAACCAAGAGUGAUUCUUUAGGCAUCAUUGAGAGAUACAAGGCUAGGCCUGUUGCCAAGGGGUUCACGCAAAGGGAAGUGAUAGAUUAUAAAGAAACGUUUUAUCCAAUUUCUCAAAAGGAUUCCUUUCGCAUCAUCAUGACAUUAGUUGCCCAUUUCGAUUUAGAUUUACAUCAAAUGGAUAUGAAAACAGCUUUCCACAAUGGAUAUUUGGAGGAAGAGGUUUAUAUGAAACAACUUGAUGGGUUCGUUUCAAGUGAUGCAAGAGACCAUCAUGGACAUGGCAUUCACACUUCAUCAACCAUUGCGGGGCACACUGUUAAUAAUGCUUCUUUUCUUGGUUUUGCAAACGGUGAAGCAUCUGGGAUGGCAGAAAAAGCUAGACUUGUUGUAUACAAAGUUUGUUGGAAUGGAGGACAUUGUAUGGAAUCUGACAUUUUAGCCGGCUUGGACAAUGCUGUUGAAGAUGGAGUUGAUGUUAUCUCUAUUUCGUUAGGUUCUGGUCGGUCAGAACCAUAUUUUCUGGAUCCAAUCGCAAUUGGAUCGUUUGGUGCAAUGGAAAAGGGAGUUUUUGUUUCAGCUACUGCAGGAAAUUCAGGUUUUCAAGCUGAAACUGUGGAUAAUGUAGCUCCAUGGAUGAUAACUGUUGGUGCUAGUACGAUUGACAGAAAGCUCCCUGCCGAUGUGGUUCUUGAAGAUGGAACAACUAUCACACUCUUUAUAAUGGAAAACAAUUGCCAAACAAGACAUCCAAAAUUGAUUCAUGGUAAGAUUGUGGUGUGUGAUCGUGGUGACAUUGGAUGUGUUGACAAGGGAAAUGCUGUGAAAAAGGCUGGCGGGAUUGGAGUGAUUGUUGCUAAUACAGAAUCAUCAGGUGAAGGUUUAAUAGCUGAUGCACACUUGUUUCCUGGUUUGGCCAUUACUUUAUNUCCCGUCAAAAGUAAUUUCACUCCAGAAAUCACAACUCUCACUCAAUUCGCUUCCCAAAUGGGUCUCGUUUCAACUCUUUUCCUCACAAUCUUUCUCUCAUUAAACUUGUUCAUUUCCUGCAACACAACAGCCCAGAAAAGCCAAAGUUUCAUAAUCAGAGUUCACAAUGGCAUGAAGCCAUCCGACUUUUCUGAAGUGGAAGACUGGUACAAGUCCAUCCUGGACAGUCUAACUGCCAAAUCUUUGUUCUUCGAAAACAACAAAAAAAUCACCCAUGUCUAUAAAACUGUCUUCCAUGGCUUCUCCGCAAGACUUGCCUCACAACAAGUCCAGGAACUCAAGAAACGCCCGGAAAUUGUUGGAGUUAUCCAGGACCGAAAGCGCCAUAUUCAAAUAACUCGGUCACCGGGAUUCCUUGGACUCACCACAGCCACAAAAACCAGAAUUAAUGAUCUUCCUCAAAAAUCAAACUACGGCUCCAAUGCUAUAAUCGGAGUGCUUGAUACUGGCCUCUGGCCGGAAGGAAAAAGUUUCCAGGACCAUGGUCUUGAUCCGAUUCCUUCUCGCUGGAAAGGAGAAUGCGUUGGAGGAGAAGACUUCCCGAAGUCUCUAUGCAACAAAAAAUUAAUCGGUGCUCGAUACUUCCGUUCCGAAGAAUUAAGCAACAUAUCAGCAAGAGACCAUCAUGGACAUGGCACUCACACUUCAUCAACCAUUGCGGGGCACACUGUUAAUAAUGCUUCUUUUCUUGGUUUUGCAAACGGUGAAGCAUCUGGGAUGGCAGAAAAAGCUAGACUUGCUGUAUACAAAGUUUGUUGGAAUGGAGGACAGUGUAUGGAAUCUGACAUUUUAGCUGGCUUGGACAAGGCUGUUGAAGAUGGAGUUGAUGUUAUCUCUAUUUCAUUAGGUUCUGGUCGGUCAGAACCAUAUUUUCUGGAUCCAAUCGCAAUUGGAUCGUUUGGUGCAAUGGAAAAAGGAGUUUUUGUUUCAGCUGCUGCAGGAAAUUCAGGUUUCCGAGCUGAAACUGUGGAUAAUGUAGCUCCGUGGAUGAUAACUGUUGGUGCUAGUACGAUUGACAGAAAGUUCCCUGCCGAUGUGGUUCUUGAAGAUGGAACAACUAUCACAGGGUCUUCUCUUUAUAAUGGAAAACAAUUGCCAAACAAGACGUACUUUCCAUUGAUCUAUGCUGGCAGUACUUGCAUGUAUGGGUCCUUAGGUCAAAAAUUGAUUCAUGGUAAGAUUGUGGUGUGUGAUCGUGGUGACAUAGGAUGUGUUGACCAGGGAAUUGCUGUGAAAAAAGCUGGCGGGGUUGGAAUGAUUGUUGCUAAUACAGAAUCAUCAGGUGAAGGUUUAAUAGCUGAUGCACACUUGUUUCCUGGUUUGGCCAUUACUUUAUCAGCUCGUGAAAAGGUUCUCAAUUACAUAAACUCUACCAAGAAUCCCCGAGCCACCAUGGUGUUUCACAAAACUCAAUUGGGGGCAAAACCAGCUCCAGUUGUUGCAGUAUUUUCAUCUCGCGGGCCAAAUCCGCAAUCAAUUUACAUUGUAAAACCUGACGUAAUUGCACCAGGAGUUGACAUUCUAGCUGCCUGGACGAAUGAUUCUUCACCAAGUGGUUGUCUUGAAGAUACAAGACGCGCUGAAUUCAAUAUAAUCUCUGGCACAUCGAUGUCGUGCCCGCAUGUUUCAGGCCUGGCAGCUCUUUUGAAAGCAGCCCAUCUCGAUUGGUCUCCAGCAAUGAUCAAAUCAGCUUUGAUGACUACAGCUUACACUCAGGAUGAAGAUGGUAAUCCUCUGCUAGACGAGAAAGAUCUUAACCAGACAAAUAUUUGGGCGAUGGGGGCUGGACAUGUGGAUCCUCAGAAAGCUUUAGACCCUGGUUUGGUUUAUGAUUUAACAGCUGAAGAUUACAUAGAUUUUCUCUGUGCAUCAAGUUAUAGCCUGGAUCAUAUCCAGAUGAUUACCAGGAGGUCAGUGAAUUGUAGUUUAAGCAAGAUAGAAAACCCAUGGGACCUGAAUUACCCAAUUAUUUCAAUUGCUUUUGAUGAUUCAAAAUCAUCCAAUUCAGAGGGUUUGGUGACAAGAACUGUGACUCAUGUAAGUGAAACUGCUUCAACCUACAAAGUGACCAUCAUCAAUCCUGAAGGUGUCACUGUGACAGUUGAUCCUGAAGAGUUGGAAUUCGAAGAGAAAGGUGAGAAACAAAGUUAUAAGGUUAAGAUUUCAAUUAAGGAAAUGGUUGUGACUGAUGAUAAAGUGACUAGCAAGGUAGGGAAAUUAGUUUGGACUGACGGGAAACAUAAUGUUACUUCUCCAAUUGUUGUUACAUGGACUGAAUUAGCCUAA